AUGAAAGAUGAUGAAGGAUCAAACUUCCUUCUCUUACUAAGUGAGAAAGAGAUACCCAAGUUUAAGAACUCACCUCCUAAGAAGAUACAAGAGCAAGCAUCUCCGGAGGUGUGCAACACCACCUGUAGGAAAGCUAAGAAUGCAGGGCCUGUGUUUAAACCAGGGGCACCAAGUUUCCCCCACGAAAAUCCAGAUCUCCCAGUGAAAAAAGAAGAGUGUAUCUUAGAGUACAGUAUGUUUGCUACCUGCCCAGAAUAUUGGAUUGGAUUUAGAGGGAAGUGUUAUUAUUUUUCUGAGGAAACAAGGAAUUGGACAUUCAGUCAGACCUUCUGUGUCUCAAUGGAAUCUACUCUUGUUCAGUUUGAAACCCUGGAGGAACUGAAUUUCCUGAAAAGAUACAAAGGACCUUCUGACCAUUGGGUUGGCCUCAGCAGAGAAUCAUCACAUGGAGUCUGGAAAUGGACAGAUGGGACUGAACAUAAUAGCUCGUUAAUCAUCAGAGGAGUUGGAGAAUGUGCAUACCUGAAUGACAUUGGUGUCAGUAGUGCCAGGAUGUACACAGAUAGGAAAUGGAUUUGUAGCAAACAGAAUAUUUUUCCCCAGAGGUGCCAAAUGACUUCAAGAUAUAAAUAG